AUGGCAGAGGGUCUUCCGUAUUGGGAGCUAAGGGAUGGACCGGGCGCGUGCGCGAAUUCCGUUGCUGCGGCGGACAAACAGGGCGGGUUGUCUGGGCAGGGAGAGAGCCCAGAGAGGCAAAAGACAUGCCAAGAACCAGAGCCCGGGCAUGAAUCUGAUAUCAAGCGGCCCCGCACUAACCCGAAUAAGACAGGCAAGCGAACCCCUGAGGCCGUGCGCUGGUCCAAAACAGGCCACGACUGGGUGACAUUGCAACGUCAACUCAACAAACCGCUGUGUGGCCACGAGAUUUCCGCCGUCGAUAUCCCACUCCACCCAUCCGCCAGCGCCUAG